UAUAUUAAAAUAAAUAUAAGUAAGAGGUUCAAAAGAACCAAAAUCCCAAAGUGAAAUACUAAUUAAACCAUCUGGAAAUGGAGAUUUCGGAAACGCGUCAAAUUUAUGGGCUUAUACUGUUUAAUGCUUAUACAGACGAAAUUUCCUUCAGGAGUAAUCUACAAUGCAUUAUAAUUGUGCACAUGAAUAUUGGCUUAAUUUAUUCAUUUAUUCUGUGUUCUAUUUGUUUGUAAUCCUUUUUAAGAUCCUACUAUACAAAUAAGGGAUAGACACUUAACGUCCAACGUCCAUUUAUAAAAUUUAGUUUGACCAAACUUGAAA